GCUCCCAUGAUCGCCCAGUGCCUUUGGGCUGUGCGAGGCCUCCACAGAGUUGGUGGUUGCAGGAUUUUAUUCAGAAUGACUUUAGGGAGAGAAGUGAUGUCUCCUCUUCGGGCAGUGUCUUCCUAUACUGCGGCUGGCAGGAAUGUUUUAAGAUGGGAUCUUUCACCAGAUCAAAUUAAAACAAGAACUGAGGAGCUCAUUGUGCAGACCAAACAGGUGUACGAUGCUGUUGGAAUGCUUGACCUUGAAGAAGUAACUUACGAGAACUGUUUGCAGGCUCUGGCAGAUGUGGAGGUGAAGUACGCGGUGGAACGAACCAUGCUAGACUUUCCCCAGCACGUCUCCUCUGACAAAGAAGUACGGGCAGCCAGCACAGAAGCGGACAAAAGACUUUCUCGUUUCGAUAUCGAGAUGAGCAUGAGAGAAGAUAUAUUUCUGAGAAUUCUUCAUUUACAGGAAACCUGUGAUCUGGGGAAGAUAAAGCCUGAAGCCAGACGGUACUUGGAAAAAUCAGUUAAAAUGGGAAAAAGGAAUGGACUCCAUCUUCCAGAACAAGUACAAAAUGAAAUCAAAGCAAUGAAGAAAAGAAUGAGUGAACUAUGCAUUGACUUUAACAAAAACCUCAACGAGGAUGAUACCUUUCUUGUAUUUUCCAAGGCUGAACUUGGUGCUCUUCCUGAUGAUUUCAUUGAUAGUUUAGAAAAGACAGAUGAUGACAAGUAUAAAAUUACCUUAAAAUAUCCACACUAUUUUCCUGUCAUGAAGAAAUGUUGUAUCCCAGAAACCAGAAGGAAGAUGGAAAUGGCUUUUAAUACAAGGUGCAAAGAGGAAAACACCAGAAUUCUACAGCAGCUACUCCCACUGCGGGCCAAAGUCGCCAGACUGCUGGGCUAUAGCUCACAUGCUGACUUUGUCCUUGAAAUGAACACUGCGAAGAGCACAAGCCGGGUAACAGCCUUCCUGGAUGAUUUAAGCCAGAAAUUAAAACCCUUGGGUGAGGCAGAACGAGAGUUUAUUUUGAAUUUGAAGAAAAAGGAAUGUGAAGAGAGAGGUUUUGAAUAUGAUGGGAAGAUCAAUGCCUGGGAUCUGCAUUACUACAUGACUCAGACAGAAGAACUCAAGUACUCCAUAGACCAAGAGGUUCUCAAGGAAUACUUCCCAAUUGAAGUGGUCACUGAAGGCUUGCUGAACAUCUACCAGGAGUUGUUGAGACUUUCAUUUGAGCAAGUGGCAGAUGCUCAUGUGUGGAAUAAAAGUGUUACACUUUACACUGUGAAGGACACGGCCACAGGAGAAGUAUUGGGGCAGUUCUACUUGGACCUCUAUCCAAGGGAAGGGAAGUACAACCACGCAGCCUGCUUUGGCCUCCAGCCUGGCUGCCUCCUCCCUGACGGGAGCCGCAUGAUGUCGGUGGCAGCCCUCGUGGUGAACUUCUCACAGCCCCUAGCAGGUCGUCCCUCUCUCCUGAGGCACGAUGAGGUGAGGACUUACUUCCAUGAAUUUGGUCAUGUCAUGCAUCAGAUUUGUGCACAGACUGAUUUUGCACGAUUUAGUGGAACAAAUGUGGAAACUGACUUUGUAGAAGUGCCAUCACAAAUGCUGGAAAAUUGGGUGUGGGACAUCGAUUCCCUUCGGAGACUGUCAAGACAUUAUAAAGAUGGAAGACCUAUUAUGGAUGAUCUGCUUGAAAAUCUUGUUGCUUCUCGAUUGGUCAACACAGGUCUCCUGACCUUACGCCAGAUUGUUUUGAGCAAAGUUGAUCAGUCCCUCCACACCAACACGUCGCUGGACGCCGCAAGUGAAUACGCCAGACACUGCACAGAAAUUUUAGGUGUUGCAGCUACUCCAGGCACAAACAUGCCAGCUACUUUUGGACAUUUGGCAGGGGGAUAUGAUGGCCAAUAUUAUGGAUAUCUUUGGAGUGAAGUGUUUUCCAUGGACAUGUUUUACAGCUGUUUUAAAAAGGAAGGAAUAAUGAAUCCAGAGGUUGGAAUGAAAUACAGAAAUCUAAUCCUGAAACCUGGGGGAUCUCUGGACGGCAUGGACAUGCUCCAGAAUUUCCUGAAACGUGAGCCAAACCAAAAAGCGUUCCUAAUGAGCAGAGGCCUGCACGCUCCGUAAGCCGGGCUCUUUGGGAGCAGUCCAUGUCUGGAGGGCAAGUCGGCAGCGCCUGUGUUACCGGCCUGGAAACUGAAGGGAGUUUUGCAAAUGAAAAUGUAGAUUUCUAUCGACCGCUUUUUGUUUUUUGAUUUGGAAAAUUAUAAAGAUGUAAAUGGAAUUAUAAAUACGGUGACCUAAGGAAAGACCCAUUCGAAAAUAAUUGUACUAUAAAAUUUCAUAAAAAUAGAUUUGAUUUCUUUUUUAUAAACGUUUCAUACAAAUGUAAUUUGAUUUUUUACUCUUGUACUCUGAAUAAUAUAAUGUAAGGGGGCUCAGAAUUUUUAAACUGAAUCAUGUACAUUAUAUCAUUUGCUCCUACUUAUCUUACAGUUUUUUACUUGGGAUUUCUGGACGUAAGCGAAUCACCACAUUCCCCUGGUGAACAUUUGCUUGGAGCCCUGCCUCAGCUUUGACUCCUCGUAUCACAACAAACUGAGACCUCUCUGCCUCCAGAGCUCAGGGCCAGGGGAGCAGCCUCCGGCAUGCAUUUAUUUAUCUCUGUGUUUCAGACCUCGCGGUUCUCACUCUCUGCCCCACUUAAAUGAUGUUCCUCCAUUUGGGUUUGUCUUUUCCGUCCAAAGUCCAGCCAGAGAAGACCAGACAGUUAUGGAUUCUAACUAGCCUCCUGUCUGUCGGGAGUUUCUGUGGGUUGUGUUAGAGGAUUCGAAGUCUCGUAGCAGAGGUUCGUGCUCACGUCAGCAUGUCAGCCUUUGGCGUAGCUCCCGAGGAGGGCACUGCAGCAAGGAAAUGCUUCUGUCCUCACGUUUCUAACAAGGGGGUGGGCUCUGCCUCCUUCACUGCCCACCUCCCCCAGGUGGCUGGCGCACCUGUCCCCGAUGGCCACUGAGCACUGAAGCUGGCGUGGCGCGAAGGAGUUCGGGGCUCCCGGGGAAGAGGGGCGCUGGGCGGAGGAGUUUCAGCACAGCUGCUCCCAAGUGUCAGGUGUGUGUCACACUCGCCAGGGGAUGGGCCCUUCAGUAGUUGGUUUUGUCUGGUGAUUUCUAUUUUCAGUGACCCUUGGGAUCACUCAACAAAAUAGGGGCCUAAAUUCCAAUUCUGUAGCAGACCAGUAAACUCACAGUAUUUAUUUUUCCUCUAGGAGUCUACUCAAUAAGCAAACCACAACAGGACAAUAAAACUUUUUAAAUGAAAAAACCAAACUUUGAAUGUACUCUGCCUAAGUCUUCCAUUCCUCCCACUGUGCUGCUGAGAUAUGACUUCACCAGCCAGUGACAGAAUUAGAGACUUUCUGUUGUCUAGUCCAAAUGGACCUUGUGCUAAAUAAAAAUUAUUAUGCUGCAUAAUAAAAUUAUAGACAGCAGGAAAAGUUGAGAGCUUUAGAGGCACAGAAGAAAAUUCCAAGAUUAUUACUGCCAAGUAAAUACCGUACACAUCCACAUGAAAUCCUACCCUCCCUGUGGGGACAACUGCCUGGCCCUUUUCACUCCCACAGUCAGUCAGUGUCACCGCCUCUGGUCUCCAAAGCUGGUUUUUAUGGUCUUAGCAACCUGUGGUACUUUUCUUGUUUCCCCCAGAUCUGUGCUGUUUUCCAGUUUCAGACAAAAACUCUCUUCAGCGUUUUCUAUUGCCCAGUGUGUUUCCUCAACAAUAACUUUAUCAUAACUUUUAAA